GAUAAUGACUCUUGAAAUUAUAAGUUUGAUCCCGCGAAUUUGGGUAAUGACUCUACAUGUUUAAUGAGUUGAGAAUGAAUAAACAUAUAUUACAUUAUAAUAUAGUUAUUAUUGUUAAACAAAAAACAAAAUUGAUUUUUUAAAAAUAAAAAAAGAAAAUUUUAUUUUGGGAAUGUGAGAUUGAUGAAGAAUCAAAGAGCUCAAUUUUUUAGCAACAACAAAGCCAAAUUAAUUUGAGUGACACAAAGGAAAGUAGAAAUGGGCUCUAAAUCUUCUUCUUCUCCACACAUCAACAAUUUCAAGAAGGCGGUGGUAGCUGCCUUGUCUUCCCUCCCUUCAAUCCUAUUCUACCUCUAUUUCCACCGCCAUUACCGCCAAGAAUCACCUCUCUGGCAAUGGUGUUACCGCCACCCCGUCCUUCUUGCCCAUCUCUUCUUCUUCUUCAAUGUCAACCUCCUCUUCUGGAUCAUCGCCCUUCUCCAAUGCAGCCACUGGAUGAUUGAUUUGUACUGGACGGUGAUACCGGUGUUGCUGGCGCACUACUACCGGAGCCACCCGUCGGCGGAGUACAAUGCCCGGAGGUCGCCGGUGGCUGUGCUGCUGACGUGGGCGUGGAGUAUUAGGCUGACUCACAGCUACUUCCGCCGCGAGAAGUGGCUGUGGGGCGCCAGGGAGGAUUGGAGAUUCACUGAGAUGGGUCGCAAGUACGGCAAGAAUUGGUGGUGGAUCUCUUUCUUCGCCGUUUACCUGUCUCAGCAGGUAUUUAUAAUGGGAAUAUGCAUGCCCUUGUACGUCGUCCACUCAGAGAACAAGCCGUGGAACUUCUGGGAUUUUGUUGCCAUAACCAUGUGUUCAUCCGGCAUCACAAUUGCCUAUUACGCCGACACGCAGCUCCACGACUUUGUGAGCAGGAGGAACGAAAGGCCAAAACAACAAAUGGUGCUCGACACGGGUCUCUGGAAGUACUCCCGCCACCCAAACUACUUUGGGGAGCAGUUAUGGUGGUGGGGGCUGGGGAUGUUUGCUUGGGGUAUGGGACAUGGUUGGGCCUUUCUUGGCUCCCUCAUUAACACCUUGUGCUUGGGCUAUGUCACUGUUCUCGUCGAGAGACGAAUGGUCAAACGCGCUGACCGAGCUAAAGCAUACAGACUCUACCAGAAGACGACUCCGGUUUGGAUUCCGUGGUUUACGAAGUCGUCGUCGUCGUCGACCUCUGGAGAAGAUAAAGAUAUGAACUCUGACUAGAUUUCACAUUUCCUUUUUUUUGUUGAUGUGCUUUUUUUACACUUGAAUUUGCACGUGAUGGCAUAACUGAAAAAGCUUUGAUAUGAAGGAGACUUGUAAUUGUCGUGAAUGGGAGUUUGGAAUGGGUAAUUCUACUUUUGCAUCACAAGUUUUAUGCAUACAAUAUGCAUAGUAGUUACUGAAUUUAGAGUAUCAAAAUAGAACACGAUUUGACGGGAACUAGCUUUUAUCAUAUUAGAAAAUUUAACGGAGUUUACAAGGAAUGCACUCGGUCCUAGAGGAGUAGCACGAAUGAUGCCGAUGUUCUCCGGCUUGCCACUUCCAAAUGGGGUCACAUAAAUUUUGGAUUAAAAUUUGUGAACUUUGAACUUGACAACAACAAUAAAACCUUAUCACAUUAGGUGGGGUCGAUUUAAAAUUUGAACUCGACAUGCCAAAAAAAUAUAUCAUUUUUUAUGUAAAUGUGAAAUGAAGAAUUACAUUUUGAAACAUCAAAAUUUUAUAAAUAAAUUUAUGUAUAAAUG